AUGGGUGGGCUUUCAAAGGUAGAGGUCAUUAUCAGCAAGCUGCUGCUGAGCCCGACCCACAACACGGCCGCGCCGAAACGAGAUGCGAAUAGCCCUCCCUCGUCCUUUGCAAGACAGUCGCGGCUGCAGGCCUUCCAGGCAGAAACGGCAGCUGCAGCCGCGGCUGCGGCACCCAAGGCAGAUUCGACCAAUCGCACCGGUCACACUCGAGGCCGCAGCAGUAGCGGCAUCUCCGACCCGCGGGAGUUCGCGACGGGGGAGAUGACGGAGGAGGAGGUGGUGUACCUCGUGAUGGAGUCGCGAAAGUUGUUCAUGUCGCAGCCGAUGCUGAUUGAGAUCGGGGCCCCGGUGAACGUGUGCGGCGAUGUGCACGGACAAUAUCAUGACCUGCUGCGCCUGUUCGAGCUUGGCGGCUACCCGCCGGAUAGUAACUACAUCUUCCUCGGCGACUACGUUGACCGUGGUGAGCAGUCGCUAGAAACCGUUUGUCUGCUGCUCGCCUACAAGCUGAACUUCCCCGACAACUUUUUCCUUCUCCGUGGCAACCACGAGAGCAGCAGCAUCAAUCGAAUCUAUGGCUUCUUCGACGAGUGCAAGCGGCGCUACAGCGUCAAGCUCUGGAAGCUUUUCACUGACACCUUCAACUGCAUGCCGGUAGCCGGUCUCAUCGACGGACGCAUUUUGUGCAUGCACGGCGGCCUUAGCCCGGAGCUGCACAGCCUAGAUCAAAUCCGUUGCAUCCUGCGGCCAUCUGAUGUGCCGGAUAGCGGCCUCAUCUGCGACCUGCUCUGGUCGGACCCCGCCGAUGACCCGAUCACCGGCUUUGGCGAGAACGACCGCGGCGUGUCAUGGACCUUUGGCGAGAACGUGGUGGAGAACAUCACUCAGGCGCUGGACCUGGACCUGAUCUGCCGUGCGCACCAAGUCGCAGAAGAGGGCUACAAGUUCUUCGCGAAGCGAAGACUCCUGACCGUCUUCUCGGCCCCCAACUACUGUGGCGAGUUCAACAACUACGGGGCCUUCCUGUGCGUCGAUGAAAACCUCAUGUGCAGCGUGAAGCAGCUCGUGCCGCUCUUCGAGAUGGACGACUUCGAGUGA